CACGGAUGUAAACACAGCUCCGGUUCACGUGGAGGGAAAAAGCGGCAAUGGCACCGAAGCUGGAGCGUUUUGUCAGCCCCGGGAAGGGCAACGGGCUGCGGGCCACGGCCGGCAUCAGGAGGGGAGAGCUGCUGGUCUCCGCUGAGCCGCUGGCCUGCUGUGUGUCCAAGAAGCUGGUCAGAGAGGUGUGCCACCACUGCUUCACCCGACGUGAGACCUUGUUGAGGUGUUCCCAGUGCAAGAUGGCUCGCUACUGCAAUACCACUUGCCAGAAACAAGCUUGGUCCGUCCAUAAGAGAGAGUGUAAAUGUCUGCGCAGCCUCCUACCAAGAUUUCCCACUGACUCAGUCCGUCUAGCUGCAAGACUCAUCUUUGCUCUGUUAAAUCCAUCUGGAAGCAGCAGUGAGGAGCUCUUCACUUUAGAUGAGCAUGAGUCACACCUGACUUCUAUGCCUGAGCAGAAGAAACAAGGCCUGUCUCAGCUGGCAUCCAUGUUAGAGCUGUACCUACAAGAGGAAGUGCCCAACUUGACACAGGAAUCAGAAGUGCCACCUUCCUGCCGAGAAGCCCUCAGCCUUAUUGCAAAGGUGGUUUGUAAUUGUUUUACCAUCACCGACGGGGAGCUACAGGAGAGUGGAGUUGGGCUGUAUCCAAGUUUAUCUCUGCUAAACCAUGACUGUAGGCCAAACUGCAUGAUGGUGUUUGAGGGAACGAAAGUACAGCUCAGAGCUGUUCAGGAUAUCAGCCCUGAAGAGGAGCUCACUAUAAGUUACAUCGAGUCAUUGUCGCCGACUGAAGACCGGCGGAGACANAGCACGUACCUGAUCGCGCUGCCAAAACAGCAGGCCGUGAACACAGGCUCUCUGAGGGAUGGACUCAUGCUGUCGGGUGAAGAAGCGACAUGGCGCCCGCUGAAGGAGGCUCUGCAAAGACUGGAGGAACUGAAAGCAGAGUCCAAUUGGAAAGCGCUGUUAGAGAGCUGUAGUUGUCUCUUAUCAGCUGCCGGUGGUGAAGUUCCCGAUGAAAAUCUCCACAAGCUCAGAAUUACAGACAUGGCUUUAGAUGCUUCCAUUCACCUGCAACACUGGGAGGAAGCGAUGAGAUACGGGGCGAAGACGCUUUCAACAUACAAACUGUACUACCCAGAUCCCCAUCCAGUUCACGGGAUUCAGCUGAUGAGAGUAGGGAAGCUGCAGCAUUACCUGGAGCACAUCGAGGACGCGUUGGACACAUUCAAACAGGCCUAUGAAAUCCUCAAACUGACCCACGGUGACGAUCACCCCAUGACGGCUGACCUGAGGACGAGGAUGGAGGAAUGUCGCUGUGAGAUGGAUCACAAGUCAUCCAGCAGACACUGAAAUACAAAAGCUACUCCAUGUAACUGACUUUACUCUUGGAUUGUUUUCUGCUUCAACAACUUAAUUAUUAGAUUUGUAAUACAAUGAAAAAAACUGAGGAGAAUAUAUUGAUGUCCACAGUCUGACUUUUAAUUGUCCUCAUAUACACCAGUAUAUGGGUAAGACAUUGCUUGAUGAAACUGUUAUUACCAGUGCGACCUUUUUUAAAUGCUAAUUACAUUACUUAAUUUUGUUAAAGCCGUUUUAGAAGCAGAUUGGAAAAAAGACUAACGCAGUUGUUCCAACAACACCUCGGGCUCCUCGUUAUGGAUAUCAGUGACAAAUUAAACUUUUCUUGUUAUUAUUUUUUUUAUCUUUGGCUCGGUGCAGUUUUACAUGAAUUAGCAUCGUAAAAUCUGUCCAUAAAAUGUCUGACUGAGAAUAUCCCAGAGCUGUUCAAAGCCUUCCUCUGAAGCAGA